GUUCGUUUCGUUGUAGGUGAUGAAGAAUUGCUCCGUUGCGCAUCAACACGUUGUGCAAUAUGUUGCAUCGAUUAUGAUCACCGUGUAACGUUGCACGACCAUAUCUUCACUGAAACCCACAUAAAUCGGGUUAAAAAGCUUUUUGAUAGUGAAGGCAUGCAAGCGGAUGCUUUGCGCGAAAUAGCUGCGCCUACUACCGAGUGCACCGAGAAAGAGGAGAGCCAGCGUUUGAGGAUGAAGGCAGUGCGCGAUCGCCGGACGCUGAAGCCAUCCAGUUUACCACUGCCAAAUACCGGGAGCAGUACGGUGCCACAGUUCCCUUAUAAUUUCCUAUAUGGCCUUCAACCAGGCCUUGCUCCGCUAAUGUAUGAUCCGAAUCUGAUGGGCACGCCAAUUCCAAUGCUUCAAAUUCCGGAAAGCGUAAUGGCCCAGAUAACAGGCGAUUUAACUUCCGGUCGAGAAUCAACUAAAUUCACACAGGACGGGAAAACUUUCCAACAACUUGUUGCCAUACUUCCAUUGCGUGAUUUCCAAUGUGCUGGCAGUACUGAUAGC